CGAGGUGAUGAGCAAAGGCACCGAAUUGCAGAGCAGAGUCUUCGGCAGGAAGACGCGUCGCGCUGUUACUUUUCAGGUUGUAAGUGAGCGUGCUAUGCGGCCUGGGAAGGAGAAUAAAUAAAGAAGAAUUCGGAAAAAAAAGUCAAGAGAAAGUCCGCAGCUGUCGUUGGAUCUCCUAAUCAGCAGAAUUGACAGCAGGUGUGAAUUCAUGUCUGUAUUUUCUCCGCAGAUAUACUGCCCAGUGUUUGUGCCCAGCCGAGAUAUGACUGAGGUGAUGAUCAACAGCACCUCCAUGGAGGACAUGAGGCUCAGUCCGAGCAAAGACCGACUCUCCUUCCAGAUAUUCCCAGACCCCUCGGACUUUGACCGUUGCUGUAAGCUCAAAGAUCGACUGCCAUCCAUCGUUGUCGAGCCGACGGAAGGCGAAGUAGAGAGCGGGGAGCUUCGCUGGCCUCCAGAAGAGUUUCUGGUCAGUGAGGGGGACGAGGAAGAAGAGCAGAAUAAUGGCGGCAUCCAAAAUGGACAGCCAACACAGAAUUCUCAGCGCUAGAGGCUGUGUUGCAGCGCCCGUACGCCCUCGUUUGCCCUUUCUGAUGGACUCUCCUCUUCCAACCCUGGUUACACUGCACCCAGGCACUUGCCCAUUCAGUGUUUCUUGAUGCCAUCCCUUUUCCCCUCGACAUCAAAGCAAUACACACAAUCAUUAUCAUAGGCACUUAUACUGCAGACACGCCAACUGAUGUGCACAUCUCCAAACUACACGUUUCCUUCUCUACUUACCACCGUGUGUGUCUCGGCCUGGAGCGGAUGUCCUGUAGGACGGCGGCAGCUCAGUGCUGCAUGGACAGCUCUUGCACCGCAGGAGGCCAACACUGCUCUGUGCUUUUCUCCAAAAUGGCUGGCGUCAUGACCCCAGAGACUUUGUACUCUCAUACAGGACUAUUGUGGUUCCCUUGAGGAUGAUAGCUUACAGUAACACUGUCCAUACUUGUGCUUAAUUUGGGGAUUUGUGUUAAUUUUUGUUAUCUCCACUGCUGUCUAGUUUGUCUGUUUCUGAGAAGUGAUUGUUUUGUGAUCUAUUUUUUUUUUUGUUGAGAAGUUGGUGUUGUGUAAAAUGUUACCAGGAUCCCAGACUGCUUGUCUAAAAGAGUAUUUGUCUUUACGACCUGGAACCAUUUAAGAGAAAUUGGAUGAAAGCGAAAUAAACCAGCAUUCCCUGCUAUGCUUGUGCAUACAAUCUGUAGCUCGGGCACAAAAACACAUUGUACAAAGGCUUGUUGUGCAGUGAGUGCAGCAUGAUGUGAUUUCUUUAUCCCUUUUUUUUUUUUCUUUUUUUUUUUCUCUUUUCUCAUCACAUCGACCUCCUGUGAGCCGUGUGACGAACCACUUUGAGGCAUAAGUGAAAAGUACAAAAUCGGAAUAUUCUUCCAUUGGGGAACGGCUGACUAAGACUGCAAUUUUUUUUUUUUUUUUUUUUUUUAAAGCAGUUGAUGAAGCAACGUACAGACCCAAUGCAGGAGGUGUAAAUACUUGUUCCCAUGAGCCAAUCCCCGAGGCCUUCUAGUGCGCUGAUCCGGUUUGUUAUGGGUUGGGUUUACUUUCUAGAGCGACAGUCUUUUUCUUUCUGAAAAUGGCCUUGCUUUGGACAACAUAGAAGUAAGGUUAUAGCUUCUAUGUUCUAUGUUCUAUUCUUGGAACAUAUAGCACUCUUUGCAAAUAACAGUCUGGUUGUUUGACAUACGCCGUUUAUGUGAAAUCUUGUUCUCUGGUGGCGAUUAUCUUUUUCAAGUGUAGAAGUUUUGUUUCGGGUAUUUGUUCACUUUUUCAAAAACCCUGCUUGUUUGUGGACAAGUCCUGUGAGUAAAAUGGUAAACAUUGUCCUUGUGUACUCCAUUGGAAAUCCUAUUGUACAAGCUUGUUUGAGAUGUCCUUUUUUUCCCUUGGUGUAAGUUCUUGUUUGAGUGGCAUUAGGUCUGUGUACAGAACAUCUCUCUUUCUCCUGUCUGUCACCUACAGGUCCCACGUUGUUGUAAAGCUCAGGGAGAUUAGCCGCCAUGUUUUGUUUUAGACCACUUUUCUCUGACUAUUAUAGAGGCUGUAAAUAAACAUUUGAAUUUGCUAUCAAUGACUCCACUGCGAGAA